AUGAAUGCUAAUAGAACUGAUUGGUCUCGAAUGCUUGAUGACGCACUAUGGGUGUAUCGUACCGUAUAUAAAACCCCAAUUGGUAUGUCUCCGUAUCAGCUAGUUUUUGGAAAAUCUUGCCAUCUACAAGUAGAAUUGGAACACAAAGCUAUGUGGGCAUUGAAAGCUCUGAAUUUAGACUGGACAAAAAACUCAAAAGAGAUAGAAGAGACGUUAAACGAUUUGGACAAAUUCAGGUUCAAAGCUUACAAAAGUUCAGCAAUUUAUAAGGAAAAGAUGAAGAAGUGGCAUGAUGCUAAAAUACUUAAGAGAGAGUUCAAGCACAAGUCCAAAUGGCAAGGACCAUUUAGAGUGACACGCGUAUUCACAAAUGGUGCCACAGAAGUUGAGGGUCAAGAAGGAACUGCAUUUAAGCUGAAUGAGGAACGCUUGAAAUUAUACUUUGGAGAAUGGCAAGAGAUAUCUUUGAUUGAGGAGCUAGAUCACGAGAAAGACAAAAAUGCUUUUGUUGAGUCACCAAACUCGUUCGGCGAGCAUGAUUUGGUUCGCGUUAUGGACCUAAAAAAUGGGGCUGAUACUUUGGAAAAUUCGGCGGGAUACCUUCACUAUUUUGCGUGUCACCGAUGUGGUUAG